AUGUGUGAUUGUCGAUUGUUGUGUUUAAAUCAGGAAUGGCCGAAUUACUGGUUCGUACAAAAGAGAAAUCAAUUCCAUUACAUCAAUAAAACAACGUCUAUAAUAUUUCAGCAAGGUGCUUCAUUAUUGUCGAGACCGGCCGAAGAAUUUGGCAAUGACGGUUUGGUAGAGGAGAUGUGGGCGGUAAAAGCGAUGGAUCAUGCCGAAGUGCACUUUAAUUUGAUUACUAGUGUUCAUCCUUCAUGCCUCAGACUAACACCAUAUGAUGAUCAAAUUUACCAAACGUUCCGCCAAGAUUUCCCAGAUUUAAAAGUCGAUGUAUUGUCCGACGAAAUUUUAAAAUCUCCUGAAGCAAAAUUGGCUUGGCGUAACUUUGCUGAGAAAUUCAAUAAACUAGAAGAUUAUUCGUAUGGAACAUUAAUGAGGGCUGAUGCUUCAAAGGAAUUUUCUCCCGAAAAUUCACUGCUUGUAGUGCGUAUUCAGUUUCUGGCCAUUGAAAUUGCUCGAAAUAUUGAAGGUUACAAUGAUGAAGUGUAUCGCAAAUUUAAACCCGCUCCCAAGACAUUGCAGACACACGAAAACAAUGGAACCCAACAACAAGAAGUUUCUCAAUAA